GUUUCAGCCAGCUUUCAGCUCUGCAACGGCUGGAGUUUCCCUACAACUUACAACCUUCAUCGGGAUUAGGUUCCAGCCCGUGGCAAGGCCCAAUCACCACGACCAUCUAGUCAACACGUUUCUGGCUUCACAUGAGCCAUGGGAUCGCCCCGCAGCUUGAUGAUCUUGCUAUGCCUCAUCUCUCUUGCAGCUGCAGAGACGUGCAGCGGGGGGCUUGCCCUGUUGGCAUCCCGGCGCCUUCUGCAGAAGGGCCAUGCGCAGGUGUUGGAAGUGCAAACGCCAUGUGCGGGCCCAAGCAAUGGCUGGCGCAUUCGGGCAACAACCAGCAGCUGUGGCUGGUGCUGGGACGUGAAUGAGCUGGAACUCCUCACUGAGUCAGGUAGAUUGGGUUUAGUGGAUUAUGAUUGGGGCGACUGGAUAAGAGAUUGCCAGCCUGAGAGCAGCGGCAACCCUGACAAUGGACGCUACGUUCCAGGCAGAGCUUUCGAUGGUGAUGAGGGAUCAAACUGGGGUGGGAGAAAGCAGACUGAGGAUUACUUUCACUUGGGCCUCCGGUGCAACAACUCUUACGUGGUCAACAAAGUCCGUAUACUUUCAGAACGGGCAACUGCGGAGGAGAUUCGCAUCGAGCGCUUGGAGGGAGGCAUUUGGAAGCACGUCCACUUGACAGGCCAGAAGAGCAACAGCUGGGAAACGAUCUACGAGUGUGUCAUAACCAGCACAACCAGUACCACUACACUUGCGAUUCAAAGCAGCCCAUUUGCUGCAGCCGAUGGUGGUCUCAACCGUGCCUGCCGUGGGAGAAACGUUUCAGACAACCUGCCCCAGAACUACAAGGUAACCCAGGCAUCGACCCUGGCCCAGUGCCAGAUGCAGUGCCUCCAGGAGCCCAAAUGCCAAGGCGUUGAGUUUAGCUCUGGCCGAUGUGAAUUAUGGAUCCAGGCUGUUGGGGCCACUGCGGCGGUGCCGGGAUUUGAAUGCUGGCGCUAUGUUGAGCCGCAGACUCGUGGUUUCUUCCCCGUGGAUGGCGGAUUUGGUCGAGCCUGUCGAGGAGCCAGCAGGGGCGACAACUCACCGAGCCACUACCAGGUGGUGUCAGCCAGUUCCCUGAAAAUCUGCCAAGAUCGUUGUUUAGGUACCAGUGGUUGUGGUGGCAUCGAGUACAGCAUGGGUCGAUGCGAGCUUUGGACACGUGCAGGAGGCAUUGGUGCAUCAGCUCCAGUGCAGGGCUUUAUGUGUCUCCAUUUGCUGCCAGAUUUCGUGGGCGUUGAUGGUGGAGAAAGCAGGGUUUGUCGUGGCGCAUCAGCGACGGACAAUUCCAUGGCCUACUACGAGGUUGUGAGCACCAGAAGCGUCCAAAAUUGCACCUCAGAGUGUCGCGCCAAGACGAAUUGCCAAGGGUUCGAGUUCAGCCUUGGGAGAUGCGAGCUUUGGAUUCGUCCAGAGGGUGUCGGAGCAACAGCAGAGGCAGCUGGAUACAUCUGUAUGAAGCGCCUUCCUUCCACCACGGUGACCACAACGGGAUCGGGCGCCUUCCAAUUCUUCAAGUUUGUACCGAUUCAGCUCCGUCACAAUGGUAUUGCCGACGCAGUUGCUCUUUCUGAGCUGCAGCUCUAUGAAGGAGGCAAGGCCAUAAGUCUUGCAGGUGCAACGGCGACAGCGGCGGGGGGAGAGUCUGUUCCAGAGGAGGAGCCAGGCAUGGUGCUGGACGAGGAUGUGUCUACGAAAUGGUUGGACAAGAACAUCUCCGACCUCGUGGUCCAGCUUCCCCAGCCUAUGAAGGUGGAUGCGUUCAGCUUUAUCACGGGCAACGAUCACAGCCAACGUGAUCCAAUGCAGUGGGCAAUUCUGGCAUCAACCGAUGGAUCAUCCUGGACAAACGCCCAGCUGCAGCUGUCAGACUACGAGACUCCGACGAUGCGCCAAGCUCCAAGCCAUCGCUUUGCGAUUCAGGCGGGCCAGUGGGCAAUGCGAAUCCGGGCAGUGAACACCAACACUGGCUGGAUGUGGGUGCUUCAUGGGUUGCAGAUGACCACAGGUACUGGAGCACUCAUAGAACCCAAUGCCAUUUGCACGCCUUUCGACAGUGGCAGUGCUUUUGAUGGAGAUCCCUAUCAGCCUUGGUAUAGAGACAAGUCUGGCACAUGGAAGUCGGGCGAGUUGAGGACUGAGCCUGGCUUUUGGUUUGGCUUGCAAUGCAGCUGUCCGCAGGACGUGCGAAACGUCCGCUUUCUGCAGAUGUGUUCCGGCCACUUUGCCGAUGAAGUGAUUCUGGAGCAGUUUCAGAAUGGCGCCUGGGAGCCUCUGACUGUGACAAAAGCUGAGUGUGAUGAUUGGACCGUGGUUUACAACAGCACUGCAGCAAUGCCAGAGGAGAAGCCGUGCCCCUUUCCAGUUCCAGCCGUGCCUCCAGUAUCAGCUCCGUCACCUGAGGCCAUUCCACUGUGUCAAGAGUCCAGUACGCCCUCAGAAGGCUGCAUGGGGGUCACUGUCAGUGAGCAUCUCAUGGGCCGAUUCUUUGCGCAGACCCCCGGCUUCACUGUGAGGUCCUCGAACUUCUGCAACAAUCGCUUCUGCCUGACACCGAUGCGCAUGAGCAUGGAGAGCUGCUCGGACCGGCUGCUCUUGGCAUGGACUGCGCACCUCUCCUGGGAGGGCUCGACACAAAUCACUGUGGGCCAUGUGAGUGAAUUCCGGUACCACCAAAGUCACAUUGAGCUCAUCAGUGACAAGGAGCUUGACGACUGUGCAGAGAUGGGACGCUUAUCCGUGUCCCCAGAUUGCAGCAUCGUGUCCGUGCUGUGCCGUUCCGAGAAGACGCCCGAGCAGGUUGGUGCCUAUGACUUCCUGAAAGCCACGGAGCAGGAGCAUGGAGGACAAUUCGGUUGGAACGAGGAUGGCACGGACAGCAUGUACCUCUUUGAGUGGGAAGGCCCAACGAGCCAAGAGCCUUCGGCCAAGGUCCAUGUGAAUCAUGCCAUUGGCGGCUGGAAGUACGGCCACUUUGAAGCUGUGCUGGACAAGUCCAAGUCGAUCUACAUGGUGCAGUUGAAGACCACACUAGGGGGUCAUGAGGGAGCAGUGCACUUGGCCAUCAAUCGUGGCAGCUGGACAUGGAACCGAGAGCUUUCACAGGGCUGGGCUUGUGGAACUGGCCACGUCUUAGCGAACCGCCUUACUUACUCCGAGUCCCUGAACCGCUGGGCCAGAUUCUGCUGGACUGACGGGCAUUGGAACGGGAACGGGACUCUGCGCGACGCGCUGUUCUGGGGGACCAUGCCAGAGACGGGUGAGAAGAAUGUGGCCCAGGUAUUCGCCUAUCCGCGGCCUCCCUCUUAUUGGGAGCAUGCUGGUGGCCCCACCAACAUGAUUGAGCACAAGGAUGGGUGGCUUGGAAUUGCAGUGGGGCCUGAUCCCACGGAGGGUCUCCGGGUCACACCGGGGUUGGUGUCUGUGCCAGGGGAGGUGCGUCAGUGUGAGGAUGGAACAGCUGAUUGCACCUUCAAGUGGAUGAAUGUGACCAGGCUCCCAGGGAAGAACGACUACCUUGUUGGCGGCAAACUCGCCUACGCCAAUCUCCAGCGUGGGGGUGACUCCAAAGAUGGGCGCCUCUUUGUCGGCUGGGCAGGCGAUGUGGGCGGACAACGCGCCUGGGGUGGCUACUACGUGGUGGAGACUGACGAGAAAGCAAACCUGUACGGCAAGGUCCUGGUACUGAACAACACCGGUUGGGGGGAAGACAACCCUUGGACUUCCUUGCCUGAUGGAUGCAUCGCCAUGCCUUUCGUAUGGGAUGAGAUACCUGGGCAUGACUAUGGCAAUGACGGAAGCAUCGACGAUGGAGGCGGCUUUUCCAAGACGCUGCGCAUCUCCAUCCUGUGUCCACCCGCGCAGCGGGGACAACUAAUUCAAGCUGGUCUUGACAACUAGCUGCCUGCAGGGAAUGCGGACACGGCGCAAACAUUGUCCUGUCUUGAGAUGCGCUGUCCAUUCAUGGAGCGACUCCGUAGCUGCCGCUGUAAAGUAGGACGCGCGUUGAUCUAUUUGGGCCUUGCAACUAACAGAUCCACAACAAAUGUGGCAUCCAGAGGGCUUGUCUAGCUAUCUGCAAGAUGUAUAGAUCAGAUUCCAGCAUGGCUUCUGGCAGAAAUACCGUGAUUUACAGAUCCGUGCCAGAAGCGGUGUACUUCUUUGCCGAAAAUACGAACCAAAUGAUGUUGGAUGCACGC